AUGGCUGUGCCUGGACCUCCUCUGUUCCUCCUUCUGUCUCUGCUGCUGCCGCUGCUGUUGAGCAAGGCAUCUCUGCCUGCAGCUGCAUACACACUCACCCCCGGGCGACAGCCACAGCACAAGCUCCUCCACCUGGACUGGCCGAAGGAUUGUGGCAUGGCUCACUUCAAGCCCAACAUGGCCGAGAGGAUUGUGUCUGGGAACGAGGCCAGACCUCACUCCUGGCCCUGGCAGGUCUCUCUGCAGGUUCGUCCCAGAGGAAGCAAACACUACAUUCAUGUCUGUGGAGGAACUCUCAUCCACAAGAACUGGGUCCUUACUGCUGCUCACUGUUUCCAGAAGGGAAAAGCCGAGGAUGCUGGCAGCUGGAGGAUCGUCCUGGGGAAGCACCAGCUGAAGCGCUCGGAGACGGCAGAGAGGAUUUUCCCGGUGAAGAGAAUCUACCGCCACGAGAACUUCCGCUACCCCGCUCACAGCGAGCUGGACUACGACAUCGCCCUGGUGAAGGCUGCCACAGACAUCAUCCCAUCAAACUUCAUCCGCUACGCCUGCCUGCCGCGCAAGCAGACCAGCCUCAACCCGGGACACUACUGCUGGGUCACAGGCUGGGGAGACACCCGGGGCGGGAAGGAGAAUGUGUCCCUGGCAGAAGCCCUGAAUCAAGCGCGCCUGCCCAUCAUUGACUUCAAGACCUGCCGGCAGAAGAAAUUCUGGGGCGAUCGCGUCCGAGACUCCAUGAUCUGUGCCGGGUUCAGGGACAAAGAGGACCCACCUGCUGCAUGCCAGGGUGACUCUGGUGGUCCUCUCCUGUGCCAGCUGGGGCGGGACCGCUGGGAGGUGCACGGCGUGGUGAGCUUCGGCCCUAUUGGCUGCACCGUGGAGAACAAACCCAGCGUUUUCACCCGCACCGCCGCCUACAUCCCCUGGAUCGAGGCAACACGCAUCAGGGACUUCUUCCUGCACUAA